AGAGCAGGGGGCACCAGAACACCUGGGUUCUUGCCCCAGUUUGGGCUCAGACCCGGCACUGCCUGUCAGCCCUCAGCAUGUGGGGUGGCUCGACCCCCGUCCCGGCGGAGUCAUGGCUGCUGCUGGCUGCCCUGAUGUGGGGGACCCGGCCCCCCGCGCCCUCCCAGGCUGCCCCCCUGCAGAACUCCAGCCCCCUGUACCAGUUCGACGGGCAAGUUCGGCUCCGACACCUGUACACGGCCAACGCCCACACACAGCUGUACCUGGAGAUCACCCCGCAGGGUGAGGUGCGCGGGGCCCCCGACCAGACCCCCUACAGUCUGAUGGAGAUUAAGGCGGUGAAGCCUGGUGUGAUCCGGAUGCAGGCGAUGAAAACGCUCCUGUUCCUGUGCAUGGAUCCCAGCGGGCAUCUGCAUGGGGCGAGCUCCUAUUCGGAAAAGGCCUGUAAUUUCCGCGAGAAGGUGCAGCGUGAUGGUUACAACCUGUACUUCUCCGAGAGCCACAAGGUCCCCGUUAGCCUGCGGCCCGCGGAGGGGCCCACCAGCCGCGGGCGCCCAGGCCCCCGUCUCUUCCACUUCCUGCCCAUGGUCAGCCGGGUGCCGGUGGACCCCGUCCUGCUGGAAUACGACUUCUACGGCGACCCACCCCUGGACGUGGAGUCCUCUGACCCCCUCAGCAUGAUGGGCCGCCUCACCCGAGUCCUGAGCCCGAGCUACAUCUUCUGAGAGCCUGCACUCCUGGGUCCCCUGCCCGGCUCUGGGAGGGGAGUGGGGGCUAGUGGUCAGAGCAGGGGGGAGCUGGGAGCCAGGCCUCCUGGGUUCUCUCCCCGGCUCUGGGAUUGAUUUCCCCUGGACUGGGAUCUGUGGAUGCUGGCGCUGAGCAGCCUGAGGGAGACAGUGCUCAGUGGUCCCCGAGGUGCAACGUUAUCGGUCCUCAGGGCCGACUCCCACCAGCUGUAUUUCGUUCCUAUUUUUCUAUGUA